AUGACUUCAACGAAGGGCUAUAAGAACAUAACGGAGCAAGAACGUCGAAGUAACCCCUAUGCCAGAUUAGUGCCAGGGCAGACGAUUGUCGAAAUACCCGAAUACACCUUGGAGUGCGGAGAAACAUUGUACAGCUUCCCCGUGGCGUACAAGACGUGGGGCAGAUUGAACAAGAGCAGAAACAACACACUACUCAUAUGCCACGCCUUGACCGGAUCAUCCGAUGUCCAGGAUUGGUGGGGCCCCUUGCUUGGCUCGGGAAAGACGUUUGACCCCCUGCGGUUUUUCAUCAUUUGCGUCAACUUCUUGGGAUCUCCUUAUGGAUCGUGUUCACCCGUGAGUAUAGACCAAUCUACUGGUAAGCCUUACGGGCCCAGCUUCCCUUUGGUUACGGCCAAGGACGAUUUAGGGAUCCAGAAGUUGAUUUUGGAUUCGUUGGGGGUUGAGCAGAUUGCAUGUGUCAUUGGAGGGUCGAUGGGGGGCAUGUUGGCGUUGGAGUACUCGGCUAGCUAUAACGAUACUGGGUACGUGAGGAGCGUGAUUGCAUUGGCUACUUCUGCUAGAGCCUCAGCGUGGUGCAUAUCGUGGAAUGAGACGCAGAGACAGUGUAUUUUCAGCGACCCGUUCUACGAUGAUGGCUACUAUUAUGAGAACAAGAGCGGCUUGAAGCCCGACUCUGGGUUAAGCGCGGCGAGAAUGGCGGCGUUGUUGACUUAUAGAUCGCGGAAUUCGUUUGAAACGCGAUUUGGUAGGAAAUUGGGGAAAACCACUACCCCACUAAAUGGCGCAGCUAAAACUGCAGCUUCGAACGAGGAGAUUGAGAAGGGGAUCAGAUACCCCAAGAAUAAAGAUGAAGAGCAUUGGCUCACGCAUAACGAGGGCUCCAAGACCAUGAACGGCAAACAAAGAAACCAGGAUAAGAACUUGCCCACAUAUUUCACAGCACAGUCAUAUUUGAGAUACCAAGGUACCAAGUUCAUCAACCGGUUCGAUGCUAAUUGUUAUAUAAGUAUAACGAGGAAGUUGGACACGCAUGACAUCACCAGGGGGAAAAUCGAAGAUUACGGCAGCGACGGACGAUUGGAAGAAGACCCGUUGCCGAAAUUCCUUCAGACUCUAACAAAGCCGCACUUGGUCAUUGGAAUAGAGUCGGAUGGCCUAUUCACAUAUAGCGAACAAGAGCUCUUGGGGAAGAAUAUACCGAAGGCGAUAUUGAAGAAAUUGGAUUCUCCCGAGGGCCACGAUGCGUUCCUUUUGGAAUUCGAAUUGAUCAACCUGUACUGCUUGGAUUUCUUGCGGACGAACCUUGGCGAGUUCUUUGACGACUCGCAGGUUGAGUUGUUUGAAGACUGGGCUUCCUAUGUUCAAGAUGUAGAUAAUGGAGGCGACUCGGUAUUUGGCGAAGCUGAGAAGAAUAUAACCAAUUGGUGA